AUGAUCCGCGAUCCCCAAUUCUGGAAACGCUUCAGCACAGCCGUACACCAAGAUGAUUUGGAGAAGCAACUCAUGACGGCCCAAAGCCCAAAGCACCCGUACGUGGCAAGCAGUUCUUCUUUUACCCCUGUACCAUUGUCUCUCGGGUCCCCCCUAUCACAACUACACUUUCCAAUGUCCUCACCGGGCCAACCACCAAUGGUCCACCUGGCCUCGCUCUCCGGCUCCACCAUAACAAGCCCACUCUCGCCCCUCUCCGCCGAAAUCUCCUUCUCAGACCCUGACGACACCGCCAAAUACCCCGCAAAAGACAAACGAAAGAGCAAAGCCCUCCGCCGUUCAACCCUCCAAAAAACUCCCUCGACAAAACCUCUCCUCCGCCCAAACUUCACCGGCUCAAACAUAAAACUCCCACCCACCUCUACCUCUCCGUCUUCAAUACUAUCAUCCCCAACAUCAACAAUCUGCUCCCCGGACCCCUCCCCCCUCGACCCUCCCCCCCGCAUCCACCACCGCACCUCCUCCCCCUCCUCCCCCUUCCGCCCUUUCUUCCGCGCCCCAAACAUCUCCGCCCUCUCCCUCUCCCUCAGCGGUCGCCCUUCCUCGCGCUUCAAAUUCGUAACUACCAUCACGGCUGACGCCUCACACAGAGACUCGUGGCUUGUGCGGCAGAAGCGGAAAGAGCGCCAUCGCACGUGGAUUUGCUGGGCUUUUUGGAUCGGAAUGCUACUGCUUGUUGCCGCGGUUGUUACGACGGUACUGGUGCUCAAGUCUCGGGGGAUUAUUUGA